AAUAUGAAGCGGUGUUUCACCGCGCGGCAUCCUGUCUGUGUGUCAUUUUCAUCCGCGAGAUCGUUUUCAAAUAGGCCAAUUACCAGGAAAACUACAAACAUGGCAACACUUUCACCAACCAAUGACAGUUUAGACGUCAUUACUUCCCAGCAAGCCUUGUCCUAAAAAAAAUACACGCGCGGAAAGUCAAGAUUUUGGAAAGGAUUUGUCCAGCGCCCGACUGGAAAUCCUUCAGUAAGAGACUCAAAUGACCACAACCAGUACACCUAAAUCUGCUUCUAUUCUGAAAGAUGUUGUUGCCUACGUUGACGUGUGGUCAUCAAGUAAAACAGAGAAUUACUCUAAACCGUUCAUCCAGCAGCUGCAGGAUAUGGGAGGCGUGGUAUCUAAAACCUUCAAUAAACAAGUCACACACAUAGUCUUUAAAAAUGGCCAUCAAGCAACCUGGAAUAAAGCCAAGAAGACUGGUGUGAGACUUGUGUCUGUCCUCUGGGUGGCCAGAUGUAAAGAUGAUGGUGUACAUGUUGAUGAGGAGUUGUAUCCGGCAUUAAAUGAUGACGUCAAUUCAGCACUCAAGAAAAAGGUGCAUCGUUGUAUGCAGCCAAGAGACACCCCUGAGAAUGACAUGCGCAUGAAGAAAAAACUGGACAAGAUGAUCGAAGACCUAGUACCAAAAUCACCUUUUAUAGCAGAUGUGUCCCCUUACAUUAUCGACGAAGAGAAAGGAAUAGUUUACAGUCCUUCUAUGAAACGGUGUGACUUCAUGGCACAGAGGCUGAAGGAGAUGAGAGAAGCUAGGGAAAAUCUAUCCCCCGCAGCUUCACAGGUGGGACAAUCUAGAUUAUCACCUGAGUUUAAGCCUUCUCUUGGGAAUACACCAUCCCACUCUUUCUUGAAAAACCUGGAAGAAGAAUUUGAUCAGGAUUUUAAUGCAUAUUCUUGCUCAAAUAAAACUGAUGGAGAGGAGCAACAUGAAGCCACCUGUGAACCACAGCACAAAGACUUUCAGAAACCUUGGAAGUCAACGUGCAGUGAUUUGCCCAGACAAAAUGCAUUGGUUCAAAGUCCUUUGCCCAUUUCACCGGCUAAAGAGAGUAAACAAGACGCAAAUCCUAAGAGGACCUCAAUUAAAUGUAAUGUCAUCAAAAAGCACAUCUCCUUAGAGAGUCCCUGUCUGGAUGACUGCCCGGAGGGUAGCAAGAGUGUGCAAUCGGUGUUUACGUUUAACAGUUUUGUAUCCAGCAGAAGUAAUAUGGCAAAAGUCACACCACCUGUCAGGAAAAGCAGAACACCACAGUCCCUUCCGGAAAGUAAGCCCACUACUAAUCUGGAGAUUUCUAGUCGCCGUUCUUCAAAAAUUUUACCCGAAAAACCCAGUGUGCCUCAUCGAACGUCCCUAAAGAUUACCACACCGAAAUCAAAAGUAAGCGAAUGUAGAAAAUCCUCGCUUCCUGCUUUAGAAAGAUCUUGCACUGUCUCAAAUGGCUUCCGUGCCUCCUCCUGUGCAGACGAUGAUGAUGGGGUAUUUGUGGACUUCUUCUCUCCAGCUAACAACCCUAGGAGACAACGAAGCUGCCUUUUACCCAGCUUUCCCUUAGAGUCCAAGGUUCAGACCCCCUUUGAACUGGAGCCUCAGCCUAGCCCUGGGAAGAGGAAGAGGGGCAAGAGUGAAACCACAGGGUCUGAGUCGGCCAGUGCCAAAAAGAGAACACAUGGGGUGCCCAGUGUAAGAGAAACCAGCAGUGUAAACAGCAUGUUGGAUCAACACCAGGAUACAAAGGGAUGUCCAUCCUCUGAGGACAGUGAUACAAAAAAACUCUGACUAGAAGAAGUAGGCAUAGCGCAUUGCCAUUCUCUAGUGUCUAAAGACUUCACUGAUGAACUGACUAGUGCCCCUGACCAGCAGAGCGCUUCAACAGAUCCCACACACCUUUCAAAACCAAGUUUGGCAGCAGCAAACAAAAGCAGUAGAUAAGCAAAAAAGUUUGAUUCUCUUAACUCGACACGAGGACAAACAAGUAAAAAGUAGCCGACAUUUCAAAAGUAUGUGAAUUCUAAAC